AUGUUCGCACGGCUUAUCCGAGGCUCACCUGCUCGGCUGAGUCGCAUUCAGGGGGUUUGGGGAGUGAAAUCACGCUGUGACGUUGCAGGAUGUGACGUAAGCCAUCGCACUGUAUUGCUUCAUAACGGCCCGGGAUGUCACGGCGUAGUUACCAUCAUGCAUAUCCUGAUGCCGACACUGACGUACACUAUAGUGCCCGUCUCCACCCAUCGUGAGACUGCACUCAUGAAUCACGCGCCGCCUUUUGAACCGGAUCGCUUGUCAGCAUCACAAGACGCGCAAAUGGCUCGCCUUCUCUUAGGCUCCCAGCUGCAGCUGGACGACUGCAAUCCGUUUCAAGCACGGCGUUCUGCUGCUAUUAACUCGAUUCAACUUAAGCUGGCCGAGGGAGAAAAGUGCUCUGGCGGAUCUUUCCGAAAGAUUAUCGCCUCGUGUAAAGUCGACAUGCCUCUCCUCUGGCAGCUCGUCCUGGCAGGCUUCAUACUCGCUUUAGCGUAUCUCACAUGGCGGUAUAAGUACUUUCUGAGAGGCAACAGCAAGUACGGGCCUCCUCACUGGCCUGUCCUUGGGGCGAUCCCGGCUCUCUUCUCCAACUUCCCGUAUCUCCUGGAUUGGUCCACGUCACUGCUCGAGGAAUGCCCGUCCAUGACGUACGUGUCUCUGGGUCCUGGCAUGAACGAGGUGAUCACAGCAAAUCCCGAGGUGCUGGAGCACAUUCUGAAGAACAAGUUCAACAACUACCCCAAGGGACCCGACUUCCAGUCUUCAUUCGGCGACCUGCUGGGCCACGGCAUAUUCAACAGCGAUGGCGAGGCGUGGAAGCAGCAGAGGAAGACGGCCAGCCUUGAGUUCUCCGCACGCUCCCUCCGCGACCUCAUGAUGGUUUCCAUUCAGGACGAGGUGCAGCUGCGCCUGCUGCCCACCCUGCAGACGGCCUUAGAUUCAGGCUCAUCUAUUGACAUUCAGGACAUUCUCCUGCGCUACACAUUUGACAACAUAUGCCGCAUCGGGUUCGGUGUGGACCCUGGCUGCCUCGCAGAAGGCCUUCCCGACAUCCCCUUCGCCCGGGCUUUCGAUGACGCCACCAAGGCCACACAGAUCCGCAACAUUCUGCCCGACUCCAUUCGCAGCCUUUUCAUGUCGUGGGGCAUCGCUCACGAGAAGAUCCUGAAAGCGUCCGUGCAGGAGAUAGAUGAGUUCGCGCACAAAGUGAUAGAGACACGCAAGGAGCAGCUGGAGAGGCUGAAGAGAGGGGGGGCAGAGGCAGAGGAGGAGGACAGGGAUGAUGUCUCCCUGGGGCACUCCGACAUCCUCUCCAGGAUGAUGAUGCUGCAGAAGGACGAUGGAGGCCAGCUGUAUUCCGAGCGCUUCCUGCGCGACGCCUGCACCAACUUCAUCCUAGCUGGCAGGGACACGUCAUCCGUGCUGCUGACGUGGUUCUUCUGGCUGCUUAGCUGGCACCCGCACGUGGAGAGCAAGAUUGUGGAGGAGGCGAGGAGCAUCAUUGCUGGCCGAGAUAAAGGCGACGAGAGGGAGACGUUCACGUAUGAUGAGCUGCGUAGCAUGACCUACACACACGCAGCUCUCAAUGAGGCUCUGCGCCUCUACCCCUCCGUGCCUGCCGACACCAAGCAUGUGAGUGAGGACGACAUCCUACCUGAUGGAACCCCAGUGAAGAAGGGCUGGAGGGUCAUGUACGCGCUCUAUGCCAUGGGUCGCAUGACUCGCAUCUGGGGCCCCGAUGCCCGCGAGUAUCGCCCCGAGAGGUGGAUUGAUGCUUCGGGGCAGCUGAAAAACGAGUCGCCCUUCAAGUUCCCGGCCUUCAACGCCGGCCCGCGGCUCUGCCUCGGCAGGGACUUGGCGUACCUGCAGAUGAAAUCCGUGGCAGCGAGUGUGCUAACAAAAUACCGCCUGAAGCCAGUCCCAGGGCACAAGAUAGAGUACAGUGUGUCUCUCACAUUGUUUAUGAAGAAUGGUCUGUUGGUCACCGUGCAGCCAAGGUAG